CGCGAAAAGAACGCAUCUGACGAAUUCUUACGUUCCUUGCAGGAGAUAAUGGCAGUGAUCGUUCAGAAGCUGCUCAAGUUCGUGUUUUGGAUACUGGCGUGCAUAACCACGCCAUUUUACAGACUACGAUACUUUAAGAAACGAAAACGAUUGCCACCGAUUAAAAGUCCACUCCUGCUCCAAUCAGCCACCAAGAUUGCACAGCAAAUUCGAGAAAGAAAGGUCAGCUGCGUAUCAGUGAUCAGAGCCUACAUAGAAAGAUGCAACGACGUGAAUCCAAUAAUAACCGCCAUCGUUGACACGCGAUACGAGAGUGCCAUUCAAGAGGCGAAAGGUUACGACGAAUUCUUGGCGCGAACCGAGAAGACCACAGAGGAACUGGCACGCGAAAUGCCUCUUCUUGGCGUUCCUGUGACUGUUAAGGAGAGCAUAGCCGUCAAAGGGAUGUGCUACACGGUGGGCUUCAAGGAAAAUGUCCCGACGAAAGCAGAGGAGGACGCCGAAGCCGUGAGCUUGAUUCGCAAAGCAGGAGCCAUUAUUUUGCUAGUCAGCAACACUCCGGAGAUGUGCUUGUUCUGGGAGAGUAACAACAACGUGACUGGCUGUACCAACAACCCCUACGACCCCAGAAAAACUUCUGGCGGGUCUUCUGGGGGCGAGGGAGCCCUUUCGGGCUCUGCAGCAUCUGUGGUGAGUCUUGUUUCGGACAUCGCAGGCUCGGCGAGAUUUCCAGCCCUCUUCUGUGGAGUUUUUGGUCACAAACCUACACCCAAUUUGGUGGCCAUCAAGGGUCACAAGCCAAUAUCCUACGACGUAAGGUGGAAUGAGUUCUUUGUCAUGGGCACCAUAGCCAGAUACGCAGAGGAUCUUCCUCUUGUGAUAAGUGUCAUGUGUAAAACGGACGAGGGUCGUCGUCGCCUCAAUCAAAAGACACCUUUGGCGAACAUAAAAUUCUUCUAUACGGAAGGCCGUGCUGCCGAAGCCAACUCCAUCAAUAGGGAUAUGAAGAACGUUAUGCAGAAGCUGAGGACGUACCUCGAAGUGACGUAUAGCGUUAAAGUGCAACAAGUACACAUGAGCGAUAUAAAGUACUCGUUUAACUUGUCAGCGUAUGCGCUGUUAAAUCUGGACGUGGAAGAGGUCGUCCAGGAAUUUGGCCCUUUGAAUGUUUGCGCGCUGUUCGUGGAAGGACUCAAGCAACUCUUCAGGGUGUCGCGAUACACUUUCGCCAUGUACGGGUACUUGAUGGCGGCGUAUAUCUACAGAAAACUUCCACGAGGUUUCAGCAAUCUAAUGGCGGAGAAGAGAGUUUCUCUGAAGAAACAGUUCGAGGAUAUUCUAGGCGACAACGGAGUGAUGAUUUAUCCUUCGUUCGUGUCAGCAGCGUAUUAUCGAUACGAAUCCUUCAACAAUAUCCCCAAUUUCGCUUACAUGAUGCUGUUCAACGUUCUGGGAUUGCCUGUCACUCAAUGCCCAAUGGGAUUGAACGCCAAUGGUUUACCUCUUGGCCUCCAAAUAGUCGCAGGUACUGGGAACGAUCACCUGAGCAUCGCCGUGGCUCAAGAAAUCGACAGAAUCUUUGGUGGCUGGCGACAACCGCCGUGCUCAUCCGGCGAAGAAUCGAUUUGAUGAUUCGUUCGUUACGCGAUAGUAAUUCACUAUUUUUGUAUCGAGAUACGAGUCUUCCAUUUUAUACUCGAAGAACAAUCACGGUAAUUAGCUCUGAAAGGCUAUAAGUUAUCGUUGCGUUAAUAUCGAUUCCAAAUGCAGCUUGCGAGUAAUGAUUAAUAUGAUAAUUGCGAGUG